UCUGCUUGGCUCACUGGUGUGGGAGCCGCGGCGCACUACUGAGUUCUCAAGAACUUCUGCUAGACUUCAGCCCGGCCUAACCCGGCCCUGCCCGACCGCACCCGAGCUCACUGUUUGCUCGGCGUUUGCCCGGCCAGCCAUGGGAGCCCGGUGCCGCAGCUUCUCCGCGCUCCUCCUCCUGCUCCUGCUGCAGGUCUCCUCGUGGCUUUGUCAGCAGCCGGAGUCGGAGUCUGACUCCUGCCGUCCCGGCUUCAGUUCCGAGGUCUACACCUUCCUGGUGCCGGAGAGGCACCUGGAGAGAGGCCACAUCCUGGGCAGAGUGAAAUUUGAAGGAUGCACCGGCCGUCCAAGGACAGCCUUCUUUUCUGAAGACUCCCGAUUCAAAGUGUCUACAGAUGGCGUCAUCACAGUCAAACGGCAUCUAAAGCUUCACAAGCCGGAGACCAGUUUUCUCGUCCAUGCCUGGGACUCCAGUUACAGGAAGCUUUCUACCAAAGUGACACUGAAGUCCCUGGGCCACCACCACCACCGGCAUCACCACAGAGACCCUGUCUCUGAAUCCAACCCAGAGCUGCUCACGUUUCCCAGCUUUCACCAGGGUCUGAGAAGACAGAAACGAGACUGGGUCAUCCCUCCCAUCAACUGCCCGGAAAAUCAAAAGGGCGAAUUCCCCCAGCGACUGGUUCAGAUCAAAUCCAACAGGGACAAAGAAACAAAGGUUUUCUACAGCAUCACUGGCCCAGGAGCUGACAAACCCCCUGUUGGCGUUUUCAUCAUUGAGAGGGAGACAGGCUGGCUGCAAGUGACGCAGCCUCUGGACAGAGAAGCCAUUGACAAGUACCUUCUCUACUCUCAUGCUGUGUCAUCAAAUGGGGAAGCCGUGGAGGAUCCCAUGGAGAUAGUGGUCACAGUCACAGAUCAGAAUGACAACAGGCCAGAGUUUAUCCAGGAGGUCUUUAAGGGAUCCGUUGCAGAAGGCGCUCUUCCAGGAACCUCCGUGAUGCAGGUCUCAGCCACUGAUGCAGACGAUGACAUAAACACCUACAAUGCUGCCAUCGCCUACACCAUCCUCAGCCAAGAUCCUGAGCUGCCUCACAAAAACAUGUUCACUGUCAACCGGGACACCGGGGUCAUCAGUGUGGUCACCUCCGGACUGGACCGAGAGAGUUACCCUACAUAUACUCUGGUGGUUCAGGCUGCCGACCUUCAAGGCGAAGGCCUAAGCACAACAGCAAAAGCUGUGAUCACUGUCAAGGAUAUUAAUGACAACGCUCCCAUCUUCAACCCAAGCACGUACCAGGGUGAAGUGUUUGAGAAUGAGGUCGGUGCCCGUAUUGCCACACUCAAGGUGACUGAUGAUGAUGCCCCCAACACUCCAGCGUGGAAUGCUGUGUACACCGUAGUCAAUGAUCCUGAUCAUCAGUUCACUGUCAUCACAGACCCCAAGACCAACGAGGGCAUUCUCAAAACAGCCAAGGGCUUGGAUUUUGAGGCCAAGCAGCAGUACAUUCUGCACGUGACAGUGGAAAAUGAGGAGCCCUUUGAGGGGUCUCUUGUCCCUUCCACAGCCACUGUCACCGUGGAUGUGGUAGACGUGAAUGAAGCCCCCAUUUUUGUGCCUGCGGAGAAGAGAGUCGAGGUGCCUGAGGACUUUGGUGUGGGUCUGGAGAUCGCGUCUUACACUGCGCGAGAGCCAGACACAUUCAUGGAACAGAAGAUCACGUAUCGGAUUUGGAGGGACACUGCCAAUUGGCUGGAGAUUAACCCAGAGACUGGGGUCAUUUCCACUCGGGCUGAGAUGGACAGAGAAGAUUCGGAGCAUGUGAAGAACAACACGUAUACGGCUCUCAUCAUCGCCACAGAUGAUGGUUCACCCAUUGCCACUGGCACAGGAACUCUUCUCCUGGUCCUGUCGGACGUCAACGACAAUGCUCCCAUCCCAGAACCUCGAAAUAUGCAGUUCUGCCAGAGAAACCCGAAGCCCCAUGUCAUCACCAUCUUGGAUCCAGACCUUCCCCCAAACACAUCCCCCUUCACUGCAGAGCUCACCCAUGGGGCCAGCGUCAACUGGACCAUUGAGUACAAUGACGCAGAACAAGAAUCUCUCAUUUUGCAACCAAGAAAGGACUUAGAGAUUGGCGAAUACAAAAUCAAUCUCAAGCUCUCGGAUAACCAGAACAAAGACCAGGUGACCACGUUGGAGGUCCACGUGUGUGACUGUGAAGGGACCAUCAACAACUGCAUGAAGGCGACCCUCCUGGAUGCAGGAUUACAAACUCCUGCCAUCCUUGGAAUCCUCGGAGGGAUCCUGGCCCUGCUGAUUCUGAUCCUGCUGCUCCUACUGUUUCUACGGAGGAGAACGGUGGUCAAAGAGCCCUUGCUGCCACCAGAUGAUGAUACCCGGGACAAUGUGUAUUACUAUGAUGAAGAAGGAGGUGGAGAAGAAGACCAGGACUUUGAUUUAAGCCAGCUGCACAGGGGCCUCGAUGCCAGACCGGAAGUGAUUCGAAAUGAUGUGGCUCCCACCCUCAUGAGCAUGCCCCAGUAUCGUCCCCGUCCAGCCAAUCCUGAUGAAAUCGGGAACUUCAUCGAUGAAAACCUGAAGGCAGCAGACAGUGACCCCACAGCGCCCCCUUACGACUCUCUGUUGGUGUUUGACUAUGAGGGAAGUGGUUCUGAAGCUGCCUCCCUGAGCUCACUGAACUCCUCUGAGUCAGAUCAGGACCAGGACUACGAUUAUCUGAACGAAUGGGGCAACCGGUUCAAGAAGCUGGCCGAUAUGUAUGGUGGCGGCGAAGAAGACUAGAGAGUCGUUCCUGUGUGGCACCGUGGGAGAGGCAGAAUCAUGAUGUCAGUGGUCUUUCAGCUCCUUCCCUGACUUUGUAGAAGAGAGACUGAUCUGAGAAGUAUGCAGAUCGCAUACUGGUCCCACUCUACCUACCAGUCUGUCUGUGUUAGGAGGGUUUUCACUGGUUGUUGGAAUCUUUUUCUAAAAUGUUUUUGUUUUUACAGUGCUGUGAUGUGAUGAACUGUACCCUCUUUUUGUUUUUGUUUUGAGCUAUGUUCUGCUCCGGACACACAGCCCCCAAGCCCUCACCCCUCACUAAUUUUUUACAUUGUAUACUUUCACUCAAUUACCAUGUUUAUGUUCUGUAUUCUAAUAGCCACUAAGUUCCUGAAUUCUGUUGCCUGGCCCAGGUGCUAUUCUGUGACACAGUAGUGCCUGGGCCCUUUUAUGGUAAGAGACAGGUUUCUUGGUGUGGGUGCAACUGAGCUGGAUAGUGUAUGUUUCAAACACCUUUCCUGGUGUUCUCUCCCCACCUCCAGAGUGGCUUUACUUAUUCAGCUGUGUGUUUGGAGCAGAACAAAAAAAUAAUGGGACCACUAUGCAAGCUGCGAAGAUUCUAAGGUGCACACCUGAUUCUUAGGCAGAUGCCAUAGUGAGAUAUGUUGCUUUGGUUUUCUACCCAAUGCUGUGACCGGGACCUGCAGCGAGGUUUUCGGACACUGUGGUUUCUUGAGUUUCUUUCAAACCAGCAGUAAAAAAUGGUUUUUUCUGAGAGAGACUGGAGUGCCACCACCAAAGAUGGAGGAGAGAAGCCAAGCUUGGGG